AUGAAACAGAAGGUGGACACCAAGACUGGCCUUGCCGCAAGCACGUGGUCGCGGCUAGUCCUGCACGUUUUCCUCACCGGAACCCUGCUGAGACGUCGGCUGUAUCCAGUUGAAACAGAGCUGUCAGCGCGGUGGGCUUUGACCAACAUAGAAUGCGGAAACGUCCUGCUGCGGAGACGGACGGUGGCCAUAGCCUCCACGAAGUCCCGGCGUUCAAGCUCGAAGCCGGCAUGCGUCCAACCGUCGCUCUCACUACCACCUGCAUUAUGUGAGAAACCCGUGGCCCCCGCUGAUGAAGCCGAAGAAGGUGCGCCUGAGCCCGAGCUCCCCAAAAAAGACAGGAAGGAAGUAGCUACCGUUCCCAAAAAGCCAGAUAAGACUCCAGCGACGACCAAGAAACCGGAGAAAGGACAGGAAAAGGAGGAAAACAAGCCUCGAAAGAUUGAAGACAAAGGCAAGGAUGACCGAGACAAGGACAAACCUCAGGGAGGAAGACUUAUACGCAUGGCGUUAUUCGACAAGGACGGGCGAGUGAAAGACCAGGAAGCGCAGAAGAAGCCGUCGCCGCCCAAGAAGCCACCCGAGAAGAAGCCGCCUGCAAUUCCGCCUGCGAAGCUACCUGCGAAGCCGGCUAUGAAGUCGAAAGAACGGGAGAAAUCACCAGCUCUGGACCGCAACAAAACCGAGGGAGAAACGGAUCAAGGCACCCCUCCCAAGCUGACGGAGGACCAGCGUACCCUGUUCUUCCACGACGGCCGGCGGCGCAUCGACAUAGUGCUCGCCUACGAGCUCUCCACCAACCCUAUUCACGAGCGGUACCGGCGCAUCUUCCAGGAGAACCUCAUUGCCGAGGGACUCGAACUCGAGAUUGAGACCGCGGAGACCUCGUUUGACGGCUACACCUACUUCGUGAAGGUGCAUGCACCGUGGGUCGUGCUCACAAAGUACGCCGAGCAGUUGCACCUCCGAAUGCCUGUCAAGAAAAAAGGUGCGGCCAUGGCAUUCCCCAAGAUUAAGAUCAAGCCUGGCGAGAAGCCCGUCUUUCCGGACAUGAAAGCCUUCGAGAGUGACUCAGUCGAGAUCGAGGUGGUGGGCAAGGCUCCGGGCAGGAAGAAGCUGUCCAGGCUUCAGUCUCCCUUCCCCUACGACAAGAAGCUCAUCCCCGACGAGAACGAGUUCUACAACGCCGAAUUCGUGAGGCAGCGGGAGCGCAUGUACCUUAUAUCGAACAAGGACACCUUCUUUUCGCAAGCUAUGCGCAGCCGCAUGACGUGGGAAGUACUGAUGCGGGCCAAGUACGACGAGGCGGAGCACCAGAGAGGCAUAUACAACCUUCUGAGCGCCGGAGCCUACCUAGCAGCUUACCCAUUGCAUGAUGGCCCUUUCGGCAAAGGACGUUUCAACAGAGCUAAGGAGACCUACUCGGAGCGCAGGGUCCUGUACGCCGAGUGGGGACGAGCCCGUUGCUGGUACAAGGAGCAGCCACUCUUUCUUAUUAGGCGUUACUUCGGGGAAAAGGUAGGCCUGUACUUCGCCUGGGUCGGCUUCUACACCACCAUGCUCAUCUUGCCUGCCUUCGUUGGGAUUGUGUCAAUAUUCGACAAUUCGGGCACAGUCGGGUUCUCGGUCUUUAUGUCACUAUGGGCCACCAUAUUCAUCGAGUUCUGGAAGCGUCAGCAAGUCGUCCUCGCCUGGGAAUGGAAUCUGAGCAACGUUGACACACUCACGGAAGUUGUCAAUCCGGAAUACGAAGCCAAGGCUCGGGUCUACAAGCUGAAUCCUGUCACUCUCAGGUACGAGCCGCACGUGCCAUUCUGGGAGAGGAUCGGACGGAUCGCCGCGGCCAAUGUUAUCCUCCUCUUCCUGCUCGUGGUGGUGCUUUGUACGGUGAUGGGUGUGAUCGGCUACCGUAUCAUCAUGGUGACGUACUUGUCGAGCAAGUGGUCUCGUCUCACGGCGCACGUUGCGACCACGGUCAGCGCUUCCAUGAUCAACCUGAUGGUCAUUUUGUCGCUAAACAAGUUAUAUGGCUGGAUCGCCAAUCGCUUAACUGAUCUGGAACGGCCUCGGACGCAGCGCGAUUACGAGUACAGCUUCGCAUUCAAGAUGUUCCUCUUCACCUUCCUCAACAACUACUCGUCUCUCAUUUACAUCUCCUUCUUCAAAGGAAGGUUCUCGGGUGAUCCGGGAAGCGAGGCGCAUUGGAAAGGCUACACCCUAGAUAAGUGCGAAGGUGGCUGCUUAUACGAAGUAUUCGUCCAGCUCGCCACCGUCAUGUUGGGUCAGCAAGCCAUCAGGACCACGCACAACAUCGUGGUCCCCAUAUUCAAGGCGUGGUGGCGUCAGCGUCGCAGGAGACUCGGCAAGGAAAUCAUCGAGCCCAAAUCGCAGCUCGCACGCUGGGAGCAAGACUUCAACCUCGAGGAAUGCCCCAAGCUCGCGCCCUUUGACGAGUACCUCGAAAUGACAAUCCAGUUCGGCUUCGUCACCCUGUUCGUGGCCGCGUUUCCUCUGGCGCCCCUGUUCGCGCUUAUCAACAACGUGUGCGAGAUAAGGCUGGACGCUUACCGAUACAGCAAACGGUUGCGUCGACCUGUCGCCGAGAGGGUGCCGAACAUCGGCGCAUGGCAAGCCAUCUUGAGGCUCCUUGCCCGCUGCGCCGUGAUUUGCAAUGCGUUCCUGAUCGCCUUCACGAGCGAGUUCAUUCCGCGGCUUGUGUACCAGGUGCGCCACAGCAAGGGGCUCAGCCUGAGCGGCUACACCAACUUCACGCUGGCCACGUUCGACACCAGCGACUUCGACGACGCGCACCGGCCCAACAAUGGCACGCUACACGGGGCCAUUGUGCGGGAGUGCAGGUAUGUGGGAUUCCGCGAGCCUCCUGGUACAGAGAAUGAGUACCAGUUGUCCGAGACUUUCUGGGUCAUCACCACUGCCCAACUAUGCUUCGUCGUCAUAUUCGAGCACGUGGUCUUCUUCAUCACUGGCGUCGUGGCCGGCAUGAUCCCAGCCAUGCCUAAGUCAGUGGCUCAGCGCAUGAAGCGGGAACAGAUCGUCGUCCAGGACCUCAUCGCCAAGUUGCAAGACAGUGACACGGCCGCAUCCGUAGCAGCCACUGCGCAAUUAAUGAUGAACAGCUGA